GCUUAGCAGCCCUAUAUAAGAGGCACUGCGUUAAUACUUCAUACAUAUCAAGACUCAUCUUCCAGAGGAUAAAUUUAUUUUACUAUACGAAGAAAUAAUGGUGACGAGUGUUGUCUUGGCGAUAGUUGUGACGGUGUUUGUAUCAACAACUUACGCUUCUGGUCCUAACUAUAUAGGAUGUUUCCAAGACAAUUCAACAAGGAUCUUAGAAGGUACAAUGACGUCUGGCGGUAUGACAGUUGAGAAAUGCUUGCAAAGAUGCAGCAUGGAGCGAACAUUAUUUGCAGGUGUUGAGAACAGUAACCAAUGCUUUUGUGGUUCACAAUUAAGACCAUACGCAAAACGUCCUGAAACAGAAUGUGAUCAUAAAUGUAAUGGAAAUGUCGCCCAGAAUUGCGGUGGUUUUUGGAAAAUAUCAUUGUAUGAGACACAUAGAUAUCUUGGAUGUUAUGUUGACUCCAAUACAAGAAUUCUUAAUGAACAAUCUACCAAUAACAACCAGAUGACGACGGCUUCAUGUAUUGCUUUCUGCAAAGGUCACGGACUCAAAUAUGCUUUAACUCAGUAUUCUAAUCAGUGUUAUUGUGGAAACAGCUUAACAACGGAACAGAAGGUAGCCGACAGCGAAUGUAGCUAUGAUUGUAAAGGUGCUACAAGUGAGAAAUGUGGAGGGUUUUGGAGAGGGUCAUUAUACCUUGUUGUUUAGGUUUAAAAUGCAUUAAGUCUACCCGUUCUAAGAAAGAAAACAAAUGCCUUGGAAUACAAGAAGGCGACUGAAUUCAUAGUAUAAGAUUUAAUAAUCUAAUAUAUAAUAAUAUUAUAAUGAUUUGUAAAUGAAUAAAUAUAUAUCAAAUUGAA